AAGAUCUCGGUUCACUUUGUAUGACAAUUUCAUAUUGAGGACGGACCAAAGAAGAGGAACUCUCGAAUGUGAAGUCCAUUUCAAUUACUGUGUAGCUUUUGAACUUAGGAAUCUUGAAACACAGGAUUAAAAAAAAAAGCAUCUUUGACUUUUUCUGCAAGAUACUUGCUUGAGGUGAGGCUGUAGUUCACUUUGCCUAACAAGUGUCAAACUGUGGGUAGAGCAAAACAGAAGAACUCCAGUAUUUAAAGUCUGAGACUUUGUGAAAGAUGAUCGUGUUGAAGAUGGCUCUCCAACAGUUUGUGUGCAGAUUCACUCUGAUGACCCUUUUGCUUUGCUCAGGUUGUCACCCAGCAGUGAAUGAUAAUUCCACAGUUGUGGAGAAUGUCUCUCCAGGAGAUUCCCCUUGGCUGGUUUAUUUCUACCCAGAUUUCAGAUGUGAGGGGUCACUGAUCACAACUGAGUGGGUGCUCACAGAUAGCAGCUGCCUAAAACCAUCGGACAUCAACACCACAUCAGCUUUUGUGGGUCUGAUUGACCGUGCUUCCACACCUGCUGGAAACGUUGCCUUUUUUAGAAGUAUAGUUUGCAACACUGAAAAUAAAAAUGGGACCACUUCUGGAAUUUGUCUUCUGAAGCUGCAAAGGCCAAUCCGUUUAUCGAACGACACCCAGUUAAUUUCCUUAGCCUCAAACAUGAGCACGUUCUAUGACGGCAUUUCCUCCUGGGUCUCUGUAAAUGAUUUCAUCAGUGAAAGGCUAAAUGUCAGCACACAAAGGGAGGUUAAAGCAUCAAUACUGGGCAACAAUCAAUGCAACUGUAAACAGAACCAAAGUAAUGUCACAGAGAAAGAGAUGUGUGCCACAAUAGGAGGAUCCUAUCCAUGUCAGGUCAUUCCUGGAUCCCCACUUGUUAUUAGAGAGCAGUCUCAAUGGGUCCUUGCUGGAGUUGCAAUUUCCACCUCAGCUUCUUGUGGAGAUCCUGGAGUCUUCAGCCGUGUGUCCUGGUACCAGGACUGGAUCCGUGAAGUUAUCACUGGCACAGAACCAACCUUUGUUACUGUCAGUUCCACAGGCAGUGACCCUGAUGUGAACUUUAUUUGUUCAACAGAAGUAUUUCCUACCACUACAACAACUACUAUUGGCCUGACUACCACUACUACAACUACUCCUAGCGCUCCUCCCAUUGUCGAUCCCACAGGCAUGGGAACACGUUCAUAUGGUACCACUACUACUGGCAUGACUCCCCUCACUCCUACUACACCUGAUGACAGUAUUUUUAGUGGUGGUGAGAACCUUAUCCACUUUACUCACUUCUUCUCUCUGUCUGCUCUUGUUCUGUUUCUCCAUGUUCUUGUUGGUGACAGUGAAAUAUAAAAGUAUCUCCAAGGACUCUGUUCUUCAGGGCAACUGGACUUUUACCCUUUAACACCAGAGAUGUUGCUGGCAAAAACAAAGUAACCCACGGUCUUUGACAGAUCGUGACUCUUUGUCCAUUCAAACGAUGAUUCUGAAAAGCUGCUUUUCUCUGGAACGUUUACGUUGAUGUAACACCUUAACCACUGUAAAGUUUCGCAAAACAGCGCUAAGCCGCUUUUCUCCGCUUUAGAGUCUGCUCGAAUUAUGUUCAUAGCCUGAACAGUUGAAGAGUUUUGGUAGUCCAAAGAAUGUCAACAUAGGAGCUAAAGAUGUGGCGUUAGAGCGUUAAAAGAUUAAUCAGGAAUACAUUUUGUUGCUUCUCUGAGUAGCUUCUUUAGUUCUAACUGCUGAUAAAGAUUUCAGGUUUUUGAUGUGUCUGCUGCUUUAGAAGUCUGACAGGAGGGAAAUAACUAGAUGUCCUUUGAUUCAAGUGUCAAGGAUCCAGUGACUAUCAGAGUGUUAGGCUAUAAUAACCUUUGACAGCAUUCUCAUUGUGGUUCAGAGGUGAUGGUGGCAUUUGUUAGUGGUUCACACUCAUCACAACUAAACAAAUAACCCAAGUCCAGUUGCUCUAAAGAAUAGAAUCCUGUGAUAACAUGACAUGGAUAGCAGAAUCUUCUCAGACUUAAUAGUAUAAUCUACUAAGAAGGCUGAUUUCGCUUUCAUAAAUGCUUUCCUUAACAUGGUUCCACUCAGGUUUAAAUAAAAUCACUUUACUAUUUUCCUGAAGCAGAAAACAUUAGCAAAAACGUAUAUUCAUUUUUUCUUUCUAUUUCUCUAAGAAUAUAGACAACAUAUUUUGAGUUUGUGGAAAAGGCAUUGUUAACCCACAAGAUUUUAUAUUUCUGAAAAAAAAUGUAAUCAUUACUUUUUGUUAAUAACUAAAAUCUUUGCAAAGUGAUGUGUAAAAUCUUAUAAUUAAAUUGUUGCUUUUUUGGUGUUUCUUUGGGAAAUUUGGGGUUUCAGACUUCAAUGAAUGAAACACAAACUGAAAAGAGACUUUUUUUUUAAUCAAGUAAAAUAUUGUAGCGACCUGGGGGUUAGCCCCGCCUUCAGCCCCUAAAGCUCAUGGCAAGUGGGGAGUUUUGGGGUGAAAACCAUGAAUUAGAGUACUGGCAACAGAAGUGACCUCCAUGCUGUUCGGGCUGUAUGUGUGCUUGAAUAAAUGGGCUCGAUGCUGAAAAGGCUA